AUGGAGAGAGAUCGGGGACUAGCGGGUCUCUGGCUUGGAGCAUCUAUUACAGGUACUGCAGCUCGACGAAUGCAAGAAGCUCCAGCAGCCUGGUGGAAAGCUGAUCUCAGUGCUGCUGCCUGGACUAGCUCCUAUGUAUCAUUUAUUCCAGAUCCUGUUUCGAAAUCUGUUACCGAUACCAAAGAUAUAUCGAGAACAGAUGAGUGUCGCUUGAUGUAUCUUUCUCAUGAACCGAGAUACUCUCUCCUUUUCCCCUUUGCCCCAUUCGGUUGUACGGCUCUAGAAGAUACUAACUUAGAAGUUCGUCAACAUGCAGAAUGUCCAGCAAUCCACCACCUCCGAUACGAUGGAUUUAGUUGGAACUGUGAUAAUGGUAGGAAGCACAAGCAAAGCGUUUCGAGUACGGCAGCUAUAGCAGCCCGGUCGAAAGCUGGCCUUCCUUUUGGGUGGAGCGGUGGCACUGAAGUUAAUUACGAUCCUAUCGACUUUGAAGAUGAUGUAUCCGAAGCAAUAACUAGGAACAUGUUUGAUUGGCUUCGAGGUACCGAUGGCUUCCCUGUGGCAGAGCGUGCGAUUCGGCAGCGUGAAUGGAUCGACAACCUGGAUUCUGACGAUGAUAGUCCAAUAGGCCCAAUAGAGGGCGACGCCAAAACAACACUGGGAACGAAUCUUCGCAGUUGGUUCUGGGGUAUAUCAGAUACUAGAGCUAAUUCGUUUUAG